AUGCCCGAAGAGUCCACGAACGAGCGCUAUGGCUGCGAAGACACGAGCAGCCUCGAGCCCAGUCACCCGUUGUUCGCAAUGGUGUGUGCCAACAACGUGAACCGAAGUGCCGCUGCGCACGAGGUCCUCGACGCUGCCGGCCUGCGCGUCUGCUCGUACGGAGCUGGUCGCCAGGUGAUUCUUGCGGGCCAAACCGGUUCCAAGCCGCGCACGUUCCAGUUCUUGACGCCGUACGCGACGAUGUACGAUACUCUCAAGGCAGAGGACGCUGCGGUGUACACGGACAACGGUGUGCUUGGGCUGUUGGAGCGGGACAGGUCGAUCAAGAAGGCGCCCGAGCGCUGGCAAAGCCUCAGCGAUCAACAGCUCGUUGCGAUCGACGUGGUCGUGUGUUUGGACUACGCCAUGUUUGUCACGGUGCUCGAAGAUGUCCAGACGCGAGUUCGGCAGCAGCUGCAGGUCCAGCGGCUUCACCUCAUUUGUCUCGAUACGGUCGACACGCCCGAAGAGGCCGUGACGGGAAGCGAGCGGGUGCUGUCCUUGUGCCGUGAGCUAAACGUCCCGCAGAGGGACCUCACGGAGACGUUUGUCGUGGCAGUGGUCGAGCGGUUCGAGAAGCAGCACGAGCAGCAGGUGUUCUAUCUCGGACUGCACGCGUAG